AUGAACGAUCUACCUCGUCUUCCUCCCUGUAGUAAGAGGAAAGUUUCUCUGAUAGUGACUUAUGGCUCUGGCGAGCUGUCUUUUCUCGAGGCAAAUAAAGAUGCCGUGCAUCCCACUUUAUCAUCUGCUGAAAGUUGGAAACGCGGACACAACCUCGAUGGUGACUUAACGAAGGACGCCCCAAGCCAGGCAGAAACAGAGAAACCCGGAGAAUGUCAGCCUGUUCUUCUCUUACGCAACUUACCGAAAAACGGCGGUGCAUAUACAUUCGGCCGACCCACCUCCAAGAUAACACCAGACGUUGCUAUCCAAAAUCAAGUCGUUAGCCGGAGAUUGUUUUGUGUUUUCCCAGACCUUCGAAACCGGACAUGGAUAAUUCAAAACCUCUCCAAGACAAAGUCGUUGCUGGUAAAUGGCCGUCAGCUUGAGAGGAGAAUAGGAAACGACCCUUCUUCUCGUACUACUCUUGAAUAUGAGAGCCUGAAUCGAAUAGCUUUUGCGCAGAGCAAACAUGGCGCCGAUGUGGUUGUUAACAUUAAGCCUACCUGGUUUGAUAGUUCUGAGUGGCUGCGCGAGUGGAAAUGGCAAGAUCCUAAUCUUCCCGAACUGGAAUUAUUGAAUCUUGAUUGGACUUUUACGUCUACAUUGGUUUCCAGUACCGGGUUAGUAUCACAAAAGGGGACAGCUAAAGCAAAGGCUAAGGGCUAUUUGCUUCCAACUAUUCACGAGGAUGGUCUUCCAACGGUCAAAAGGGGUUAUCCGGAGCUGAUUUCUAUCCUCAAGAGGCCAUUUUGUGAUGACUGCAGCUUGUUUUACGCACAGGACUUGAACAGGGGCACAAUGCUUGUGGCAGAACUCUUCCCCUCGAAAUCUGAGGCUGAAUAUCAAGUAGCUGUGCGAAAGCGGCUUACUCAGGUGCAAGCUCCCAUACGAAGUAUACUCACCCCAAAAGCCAUACACGUUAUUGCGAACAAAGCGUAUAUUCUUUCGCCUUGUCCUUUUGACACAGAUUCGCUUUCAGAGUUGGUUCAUAACCAACCUCUCAGUAAUAGGUCUACCUAUAUUCUCCUCCAAGAGCUCCUCACGGACCUUAGGCUGCUAUAUUAUUCUGGUGUUGCGGGCAUUCCUCUCUUGCUUACAACCAUUCGAAUAUCUAGCCUCUCUCCGGAAAAUCCGCAGAUUUGGUUAACUGCGAUAUCUUCUGCUCAAUUCCAAUUGGAUGAAUAUCAUCUCCAAAAACAGCAUUACGAAGACGUGAAACAAGCUGUAACGCUAAUUCAAUGUUGCUGCUCUCUCUCAAAGCAGCCUUUCAGUGACCCAAUUGCCAAUAAAAUUUAUUCAAAAUUGCUCUCGGAUCUUCGGGUUGAAAACUUAUCCGCGGAAGAAACCCUUAGCCGAUUCGACCCACUAACUAAGGGCGAAGUCAAUACCCCCUUUAGUUCAGCAUACUUGAAUGCAGUUUUCUCCCUCGCAGAGAUCGAACAUCGCGGCGAAAUAUACUAUCGGAAGCCCGAGAUCGUUCGCAUUGCUUUGGCUAUCUUUUGCCGAAAUACAGAAAAAGCGCUUAAUGCACAAAAGAUGAUCUCAUCCGCGAAGACGAGUAAGAUUGUUCCAGGAUACGAAAAAGAGUUGCUGUCUCUGGAACAAAUAACAUCUUUGUUUGAAGAUCUUGGCAAGCCGUUUAACUUCCAUGUUGAAAAAGUUGACCCUAUUAAAAAGCGGAGAAGGGAGAAGGAUGAGAUGAGAAUUGAGGGCUUUCGAGUAAAAAUGGAAAUUAUUUAUCACUCACCUUCUAGAAUGUGGAAUGUUUCUCAUUUACUCCACGGUCUCAACCCCCAAAACUCACUUGAACUUGCAGCCCUGUGCGAAGGUGUUGAGGUAGCAGGGGACUCUGAUUUUGAGGGUAUCUACGUGGACACCAAUCGCUUCCAGGCCGUUUGUUCUAAGCUUAAUGUAUCAGGUGUUCUUGAAUUGCCAAAAAUUGCUGAUUUUAGAGACGAUACGUUCCAGGGAAUUAUGGGGCAAAGCCGGUAUGUUGUAAUAGCGGACAACGCAUUGAUUGGCACGGCUUUUUUCGACCGAUCAGAAAGGAUAAUGAGCUACGUUGAGGUUAAUUACACUGAGGCGGACAUUGGUAAAGCGUUUCCAUCAAGUACCUUCAAAGGCGUACACCGAGCGAUAUCAUCCUCUAUCUCUCCAUUAACGGCCCUGACAUUAUCUUACCGGGGCGUACGGGAAAUGGAUUUCGCGACUCUUAGUGAAGAAGAAAACCUGGCCGAUGUCGAUGACAACUCUGAUGAUUCACAACGCACUAUUAAGGAACCAAGUCAGUGCCUCAAAAUCCAAAAUAUGCGGGCGCAAAUGACCGAAACAUGGGUAUCGGAAAUUCCGCCAAAGAGGAGGCGGUCUAACGCCAAUGAAAUUGGUUCGCAAUUCAAAGCGGCCCAACAGGUUUAUAUAUCCGUAGAUGAAGAAAAUGACUGUGCGUCGCGCUACUCUUUUCGCUCCAAUCCCACAACCAUCUCGAUGUCAAGCCGCAAACCGAAGCGUUCAACUUCCUCACAAACAGAUGAAACUCACAUACAAAAGUAUGUUAUUAAAGAGGAUGUGGAUUUUUAG